UUAGACAAAAUCCCACGCGAGGGUUUUCGCGCAAGGCAGAGCUUAAUCUUUCUCCCUGUUUUUUCUUCUGCGGAAACAAAUAAGAGGAAUUCCAAAUGGGAAGCACCGCCGUGGAGAAGACAGCAGAGGAGCUCCAGCGAGAGAUCGAUGAGCUCCAUCGCCAACAACGCGAGAUUACGGAGAGGCUUAGAGAUCCUCGGGGACUUCGAAGGGGAGGAUUGUUGGGCAUCAGUCCUCGUAACCUCGCCGCCAAUGGCGCUCGUCAGCGAGGAUUUCUUCGACCGGCGGAUAGGACUGAUGCAGAAGACCAACCUCCGGCUAAGAGGCGAUUGUCGUCUGCUGUUGUCAAGGUUGAAGAUGGAGAGAUUGUCGAUGACGCAGAAGCGGCAAAAGAUGUCAGUGACACGGCUGUUGAAGGGUCUGUUGCAGUAGAUCAGAGUGAUAGAAAGCUGUUGAGUCUGCCGCAAAGUGGUUGGUCUAGAAGGGAUGGAAAUCAAAGACCAGUGAAGAAGGUCACGCAAGCUCCAAUUACAGAGCAUGUUCCGAGGAUUUUGCCCAAGGAUGAGGAUCCAAGCUUGAUUAAUAGAAAUAAGAGAAUGUUGGGGCAACUUUUAGGGACUUUGGAGAGAUUUAGGAAAGAAGAUGUGCAACUUUCAGGGUCCGAGGCAUAUAUGCGGAGGUCAAAUUCUUUGCAAAGAGCUGAGCAAAGAGCACGUGAAGAAAGUGAAAAGCUGAGGCAACAAGAGCGUGAACAAAUUGCAGAAAAGAGGAGGAGAGAUCUGACUCUGAGGGCUCGUGUGGCUGCCAAGGCAGAAGAAAAGAAGCUGGAGUUGUUGUUUCUUCAGUGGAGUGAGCACCACAAAAAGCUUAGCAAUUUUAUAAGGACUAAAACAGAGCCUCCAAUAUAUUAUUUGCCAACUAAACCAUUGGAUGAAGAUGCAACCAUACAUGAGCAGCGAAAAGAUCAAGAAUUUUUAGAAUGGAAGACAGCUAGGAGAGAGGAACUGUCUGAAUAUCAGAAACAGAUUGGAGAACAAUAUGUUGCCAAUGUUGAAAAGGAGUUGGAGAGGUGGCAAAAUGCAAGGAAAGCAAGGAAAGCAAAUAACGACAUGAACCUCCAAGAAACAAUGGACAAAGAAUUGGAUACCCAUAGACUUGAGCAUGGUCCAAAGAAGAGAACGAUACCUGGUGGAAACAAUGAGGAUGAGGAGGAUGUGGAAGACAUCAAUGUUGGGGAGGAUGAUAUGAUGGAUGAUGUACUAGAUGUUGAUGAUAAUGGUAGGAGAGGAGAUGAGACAGCCAAAGCAGAGCCCGACCACACUAGUCCACCCCCUGAUAAUGUUGAUCAGCAAUGAUUGUACCCAUUUUCGUAGGUCAAUAUUUGCUUAGAUCUGUUUUGUUUUGUUUUGUUUUUCUCUAUAGCUUUUUGCAUGUUUCCUCCUUUUUAUUUGUUCUUACCCUCCUUGCGAAUUACAAAGUAGAUUUUGAGAUGCUUCAGUUAUGCCAAUUACCAUUUAUUUAAACAACAGCUGCAAGCUAGAUAUGUAGAAAUUUAUAGUAGGUUGCUAUUCUCUAUGUGCAAAUUAUCUAAUAUGAGCAUUGAGGUUUGGUGUA